AAAGGAGGCAUUCGAUUUGGACUUCUGCUUCUACCUUUUUUAAGAGAGCGUCUGCUGUUCAGCAAGACUAACGAUCACUUUGCCCGCAGUUUGUUCGAGGGUAAUGAAUCGAACGUACGUCUUGUAGAAUAACUAGUGUGGAUAGUUAAGUGGUUGGCUAGUUCAAUGCAGCUAACAGGUAAGUAAUAAAAUAGUCUCCUGGGUUUGGCAUGGCCGAGGGAAGCGGUAAUGUUAACGUCAAUCCGGCCAACCUCCCACCGGGAGACCCGCAGCUCAUCGGGAUGAUUGUGGAGCAUCUGAAAAACCGGGGUCUUUUUGAUGAGUUCCGUCGGGACUGUUUAGCCGACGUCGAUACAAAGCCGGCCUAUCAGAACCUGCGACAGAAAGUGGACAACUUCGUCACAUCGCACUUGAGCACGCAGAACUGGAACCCGUCCAUCAACAAGAACCAGAUGAGGAACGGACUGAGGCAAAGCGUUGUUCAAUCGGGCAUGCUGGAGUCUGGUGUGGACAGGAUCAUAACUCAGGUCGUGGACCCCAAGAUGAACCACACUUUCCGACCGCACAUAGAAACAGCCAUCCACGACUUUCUGUCAGGGGACAGGAAGGAGGAAAGCACCUCAAGUUUGAACUCUGCUCCAUCUGAACAGACAGAACCACAAGAGGCUCCGUCUGCCUCUGGCCCCAAAACCCCCUGAGUCUCUCUCUCUCUCGAUACAGGCACACAUGCUGGUCUCUAGUGGUCUGCACAUUCUGUAUGGCUGCAUUAACCUUUGGAAAGGUGCAGCAUCGGACGGGUGGACGAUGAAGAGGAGGAAAGAGGAGGCUGUUUUGUGCCUCUAGUUCAAUGGAUUAGUCAGGAGUGUGUCAUUGCUCCUGCGUGAGGCUGCUGCGGGAGAAGGGCUACAACGCUGAGUGGUGCGCUGUCGUCGUUUGAGUGUGGAUUGUUAAUUUUUUUUUUUCGGUACUGGCUUUUUUUGUUUGUUUGGGUUUUUUUCCAAUGUGCAUUACUUUUUUUUUCUUUUUCUUUUUUUUAGCAAUUCUAUAUUUUUUAAUACAGAGCCAAUUGUUCACUCACUCUGUUUAUGCCUAUGAUAUAGACAUUUUCCAGUAAUUAUGUUUCCUGUUACUUUUUUUAUUUUUAUUUUUUAUGCUUGUCUGCACUCAUUUUUGAUAGACUGAGGGGAAAAAAACGAAAUUACUGAAGAGCAAUGCAAUGAAUGAAUUUGUUUCAUGUUUACAGGCCAUAAUUUUUCAUUUCAUCAUGUCAGAUUUUUCUUUGGUGUGUGUGCUUAAUAUGAAGUUUGUCCAUCUCAUGUGCUUACAUUAAAAACAACUGCC